CUUGGAGACGAUCAUCUCCUAUCCUCCGCUCUGCUUGUAUGGUCUAAUCAAACAUGGCGAGCCUCAUGUAGGGGUCGAGCACUGAUCAUCUGUCACGUUUUCUUCACUUUAUAGUGGAUUUGUUUUUUAUUUCCUAACUUGUGUGCUAUUCCGUGCGCCAUGUUCGCAAACGCAGCCCUGCGAGCUGCUCUCAGAUCAUCCGCCGGCGCGCUGCGCCUGGAAAGCGGCGCACUGUGCGCGUCUCUGUCGCCGAGACUCUGGACGUGCAGCCCGGCUGUAUUAUCGGCACCCAGGGCCGCUUGUGUUGCAGGAAGCUUUGCUCUUCCACCACCAGUGAGACAUUACGCCCGGGGUGCAAACAAAAAGAAGGCGGUCCCUGAGAGCCAGCUCAGUGAUCUUUCGCCAACAAUGCUGAAGAAGGAUUUUGCAGCUGUACCCCUCGCUCAAACGACUGAUGAUCUCGUCAGAAGACUUCUUUCGUUGGAGUUAGCGAGUCACAGUGAAAAACUGCAGCUGAAAACGGAACAACUGAUUGCAAAAGUCCAGAGGGACGAGAAUGACCGCAACUCAGUGGAAGUUCAGGUGGCUAUUUUGACUGCAAGGAUCCGAAACUUUCAGGAGCACUUGCGGAAACAUCAUAAGGACAAAUCUAACAAGAGGCGGAUGCUCAUGGCCAUUGACCGACGAAAAAAGCUUCUGAAAAACUUGAGGCUGGUUCGCUACGAUGCCUUCGAGAAAGUGUGUGAGCAGCUAGGCAUCACCUACACCUUCCCUCCAGAGUACUACAGACGGGCCACUCGACGCUGGGUGGUCAAGAAGGCCUUCUGCAUUAAGGUCUUCAAAGAAGUGCAGAAGCAGAAAGCAGAGCAAAGGCUGAAGAUGAAGCCAAGUUUAGCCUCUGCAGAGACAGCAAAGACAAAAGCUGUUGAUACCCAGUAAAAGACAAUAUACUCUAUAUUACAACAACUGAUUCUAAAUGCUCGUCAUAACCAACAUCUUUGCUUUUUGCACCUUCAGAUGUGGUUAUGUGGCAUGUGGAUGUAUAGCCCCCCCCCCACACACUCAUGUGUUGAAAUCAUACAAUGUUAAUUUGCUUUCGCUUUCAAGUUGAUGUCAGAAUUGAAUGGAAAUAAAUAAAAUGUCUCAGAAAGCUAUA